UUCCAACCAAGCGAGUCAAGAUGUUCAUCAAGAGCUUUCUUCUGCUGUUGGCAAUCAACUUCCUGUCCGCAGGACGAGUUCCCCAACCGGAAGAACGCAUCAUCGGUGGAAAAAAUAUUGAAAUAGAAGAUGCUCCGUGGCAGGUGUCCUUACAAGAAAAAGGAGAACAUUAUUGUGGUGGCUCCAUUUACAGCAAGGACAUUAUCAUCACUGCUGCCCACUGCUGUUUUGACGACGACGGCAAAAAACUUGAAGCCGAACACUUGCAAGUUCGCGUAGGAUCCUCAUUGAAAAACCGCAACGGGACUCUAAUCAAAGUGGCAGCAAUUAAAUCACACGAGUACUAUGUACAUCACAAAUUUGAAAACGACAUUGCUGUAAUGCGACUAAGUGAGCCGCUUGAGUUCUCCAGCAAAGUGCAGGCGAUCCCCUUAGCCAAAAAUAAUCCGCUACCUGAGACUCUUGCGAUGACUUCUGGUUGGGGAGCAGUGAAAGUAAAGCAUUCACAAACUUCACCUUCUGUAGAUUUGAUAAUACAGGAACAUCGUGAUCGUCUUAAAAGCACACUCCUAUCUGUUAAAAGUUGUCGGGAAUAUAAGGGCAUCACUAAGGAUAACAUUUGUGUCUAUUCUCCUGGACAAUCGGUUUGUUCCGCUGACUCUGGUGGACCUUUGGUUGUUGACAAUCAACUUGUCGGUGUUACCUCAUUUGCUGAGACAUUGUGCGAUAACGUAUCAGGUUUCGCAAGUGUCCCUUUUUUCCGAAACUGGAUUUUAAAUGCCAUUGAAUUUAUUUAGAUGUUCAUCUUUAAAAAGAAACCGCAAAAAACUAACAACAAUCAGUAAGAAGUAAAAGUAAAAGUAAAGUAAGUGUAAAGUAAAAGUAAAGUAAAAGAAAAGUAAUAGUAAGAAGUAAAUCAUUAAAAUGGAUUUUGGCUCGGUUCGAGUGUGUUUUCUUUAGAAGAAUUUUAAAGAAUAAAAAAAUUACCUAAAUUAUAGUUAUUAUACGCGUUAUAAGCGGUGCUGAGGAAUAAAUUAAAUUAUUCACCUAUUAAAAAAAAAAAAUCAAAUCGAAAAUAAAUGUGUCUAAGGAUACCAAAA